AUGGUCUUCAUCUUGCCAGAAGAAUUCAGGGCAGUAGAAGGGCAAGAAAACACUCUAGAAGGAGAUUUUUUCUCCCAUGAAAGCUUUAAGUGCAGAUUGGCAGAAGUAGAAGAAGCACCAGAACAGCAAACACAUACUACCAAGACAGGUGGAACUGCCAUGAAAUUGGCUGCAGAACAGCUUUGCUUCUCCAAACCAACCAAAGAUAUAGCCAAUCACCUCAGACCUUUGUUCGUAACAGCAAACUUUGGGGGUAUUCCUAUUCCCAAAGUGAUGGUAGAUGGAGGUGCAGCCAUUAAUUUUUUACCUCACAGAUUGUUGAGCAAGAUGGGAAGAACAGAGAAGGAUCUAAUUCCAACACGUUUGACUGUCACUAACUUUGCUGGGGGCAUCACCAAGACUCAUGGAAUCCUGGAUGUGGAUGUCAUAGUUGGAACCAAAGAAUUAAAGAUUGCAUUCUUUGUGGUAGACAUUACUUCUACCACUUAUAAUGCACUGCUUGGUAGGGACUGGAUUCACCAAAGCUUAUGUGUUCCUUCCACUCUACAUAAACAAUUAGCCCUUUGGAAUGAAGAAGGUUACAUGGAGAUAGUAGAGGUCAACCCACGACCAUUUCUGCCCUUUGCCAUGUGUUUUAAGGCAAGGUAUUAUCAUGAUGACCUUGGCCCUUUCACCUUUCUUGGAGUCAACCAGAACGGCCACCCCCAUGGUGUCACGGCCCAGAGACUCAUUGAAGAUGGUUUAGCCAGUUAUCUAGAGGACUUGAAUAGACCUUUUGUUCUAAACCUCCAAGAACUCUGA